AUUUAAACAAGAUUAAGAAGCAACCAACUUCUUUGUAGGUACAAAUCUGUACGUACUCAAUUUUUGUUGUAACAUAUUUGUGUAUAGAAAAGAAGAGUGGAGUUUCAUACAUACAGAUGCGUUUAUUUGUAGCAUAUAUGUAUUAAUUAUUAAUUGAAAUAUUCAUUAGUACAUCGUCGCUAUAAUUGCCUAAUGGAAGAGAAUCAAGAGACUCAGAAAUUUGUACCAGGUCCCCCGCAACUUCCUCCUUUGUACAAAGGACAGAAGAUAAAAACAGGACCGUAUACCACUACGGUUACAGAUGAAAUGGUAGCACAGAGAGAAAGAGAGAACGAACAGUUGUACAGAGCUUGGCGCGAGCAACAACGAAGAAGAGAAAUGGGGCCAGAUGAUGACGAGUCGGAAUACAUGGGUGACUUUAAAGAUGAUACAGUGAGAAGAAAUUUCAUUAGAAAAGUUUUCUGUAUAUUAACGGUUCAAUUACUAUUUACCUCUAGCGUCGUAGCGAUUUUUCUGUUUGUGAUGUGCUUCGUGAUCUCUUUCUGUGCUAUAUCUAUGUCUGAGAGAGCUAGACGCAAAUCACCUUACAAUUACAUAUGGCUAACUAAAUUGGUAAGGUUUUUGUUAAAAUCUUGUCUAAUUGGAUGUCUUUGUCAUUUAGAUAUCAUUUUACGUUCGCUAUUAAAAAAUCACUGUUUCCAGACACUUUCCAUGUCCUACUUAGCUGCCUUUGUAUCGGUCUCUUUCGAGAUUGAAAUAAUAUUAAUGGCAUUGAUUAUGACAACGUUAGUUACAUUUGGAAUAGGUUUUAUUGCAACGUUUUCUAAGUUUGAUUUAACAAUGAGAACAGGAUUGCUGAUGAUUGUCGGACUGGCUGCUGUUGUUUCAAUUAUUGUGAUAAUGAUAGUCUUGCUAUUUACGUACAUAAAAGUAUUACAUCUAAUAAUUUCAGUUAUAGGGAUGAUUUUAUUAUCAAUGUAUUUGUACUUUGACGUGCAAACGAUCAUGGGUGGAAGAAGAAUAGAAUUAAAUCCGGAUGAAGUUAUAUUUGCAACAGCUCAAAUUUAUGUUGACGUAGUACUGUUGUAUCAGUAUAUAUUAAUGUUUAUGGGUCUGAUGCAUCGA